UCACCGCUGCCAGAAUGGUGGACAAGCCCCCACUUCCACCCAGAAACAUUUCUGCCACCCCAAGUCUAGGAAGAGGUGAUGCUUCGUUUGUGGAUUCUACUCAAUAUGAAUACUCAUCGCCCUCGCCCUCGCCAUCCCCCAGUCUUCACCCUGCUGAUGCUUAUCGAAUUUAUCCCGGUGGCCUCCAUGACCCUCGAACGUCUUCCACUCAGUCACUUCGACCAAUAGAGUCGGCGGGAAGAAAUCGACGGACCUUGCUUAUCAUCUACAUUCAUGGCUUCAUGGGAGAUGAAACCAGCUUCAAGAGCUUCCCUGCCCAUGUUCACAGUCUAUUGACCAAUGCCUUGGUCGAGACCCAUGUCGUCUACACCAAGAUCUAUCCUCGAUACAAGUCCCGGAAGAACAUUUCUUUUGCGAGGGAUGACUUCAGCAACUGGUAAAGCCAUUUCUUUCGUUUCGGGUUUCUGUGGCUGACUAUAGUCAGGAUUACACCUCACGAGCAGGACUCCACGGACGUAAUCUUGGUGGGACAUAGCCUUGGGGGGAUUCUCGCUGCCGAGGUUGCUUUGUUACCAUCACACAACCCUCGAAGCAAUGAAAUCUCCCAGCAUCGAAUCCUUGGUGUGCUCUGCUUUGAUGUUCCGUUCCUGGGAAUGCACCCUGGGGUGGUAGGGACGGGUAUCGCCAGUCUUUUCCGCUCAGCACCAGAGGCCCCUGAAAGACCUCUAGAAAACUCCAACGAAUCACACCCCUUAUCCGACCCCUCCUGGGGUUCUUCGGAUCCGACUUAUAACCCAGCAUACCCCAACGACAAUCGCCUUGCUACUCGAAAUGGCAAGCUGUCGAGGGCAUGGUAUUUCUGGAACAAACAUGCCGGAGAAGUCUUCAAUGCAGCUGGGAAAUAUGUAUCGUCUCACGUUGAGUUUGGAGGCUGUCUGGCCGAUUAUCCAGGCUUACGGAGACGAUACAAUGCAAUACGAGCAUUAGAAGACGUGGAUGAGUUCCAACAGCCUCGGGACCCCAAUGGCCGGUUGAUGAAACAAGUCCGAUUUGUAAAUUAUUAUUCAGCCAGUACCGGAAGGAUCAAAGAGACCCAUGAAUCAUCUCCUCGAGAUCUGCUUGAGCCACCAGCAACAGAGAUGCAGGCCUUGAAGCCCCCAAAUGCGAACCCUCCCGCGCUGUCGGGACCUUCCAGUCCUCGUCUAUCCCUCGAAGAACAUCGAGAUGGAGAAAUAAUCACGAAGAGCAUGUCUCAGCUGAACAUCGAUCCAGAUCCCGGACCAGCCCCACCUAGUUACGACUCUAUUCAUGGUCGGAACCUGGAAAGAUCAGCCACUGCUGAGUCCAACUUUAGCCCGACUGGAUCAAUUUUGAGCCCAUCAUCCACCAUUGAUCCCGGGUCUUCGACUUCAAGAACCACCAGCGACAUCACAAAUCUUCCCCCCAUUCCCGACUUGCCUCCUCAGCCGCCCCCGUUUGACCCUUCACCGUAUCAAGACGACGCGACCUUACGAAUCUAUUGUGAACAGCAUGAACGACAAACGAGAGCGUACGAAAGAGCAGUUAAGGACCGUGAGAAAUCCAUCAAAGCACAGGAGAAAUUACUGGCCAAGAAAAGACGGGAAGUGGCCAAACAAGAAGCCAGAGCAGCGAAAUUAGCGCGGCAGCAAGAACAGAAGCUACAAAAGGAACAAGUCAAACGAUCGGCGACCCUGAACCCGGAAGACUACGAUAACCACCUGCGUCGUGAGUCAGAGCAAGCAGGACAAUCGUCGAGACAAGCACAACAGCAAGCACCACGGAAACAAAAGGAUCGCAAGUUCUGCAGCCUCCCCGGCAAAGAUACACAGACUGGACAAAGAGAUCCAACAUGGAUCCGAGUCUACAUGGAGGGCAUGGACGAGGUGGUGGCACACACGUCCAUGUUCCAAAUGAGUGAAACCUAUGUUAAGAUGGUGGGAGAUACGGCCGAGAGAAUUGAGAGGUGGGUUGCUGAAGACGCGACCAAAAGAAUGCUGUUGGUUGAGAUGAAGGCAGAGGGUGUUUUGGGGUAAAUGUCUACGGGAGCUUCUUCAACAGCUGAUUGAGUAGAUAAGCGAGCGCUGAAAUUCCAUUUUAUCGAUACCCAGUACGGGUGUAGAUAGAUCCC